AUGCCUCCACGAAAAGCUUUCAGAGGACGUCCUGCUAGGCGUAAUGUUGAGGAGCAAGAGUUACCCAAUGCACCUGAAGUGCAACCGCAAGGAGAAGUUACCAAUGCUGAGUUCAUAGAGGCAAUUAAGAUGCUGAGUCAAGUUGUGACUAGUCAAGAUGGGCAGCAAAGAGGAGCUUGGCAUGAAGAGGUGGACACUUCAAGGAUUCAGGGCCGGGCAGCAAUGCUUAUUGGGGACAUAGACAUUUCGAGGUUGAUGGUAUAUGUGCAACAAGUAGAGGAAGAGAAGCUAAGGGAUAAAGACGAAUUCAAGAACAAGAGGGCUAAGACAGAGAAUGAGUCCGGGCAGCAGAAAAGUAAUGCCAACCGGUCAUCCUUCCAACAAAAACAGAAGGGCCCUGCUCCAUUAUAUGCUAGUGAACCUACACCUAAGAACAAAUGUGAGUACAAUAAUCAGAACUUCAGAGCUAAACCUGCUUAUUCUCAGGGUAGCGUGGCACAAGGGGGUAGUAAGUCUCCUGCAUGCGCCAAGUGUGGUAGGAAGCAUUUAGGUAUUUGUCGUGAGGGCUCCACUGGUUGUUUCAAGUGUGGUCAGAGUGGGCAUUUCAUACGAGAGUGGCCAAAGAGCAAGCAGGGAAGCGGUAAUGGGGGUAAUAGAGCCUAG